CCAGGUCUUUACUCUCUCAUCGUCCUUUUCUCAUAUUUUUCCGUAAUUUUAUUUUCCUCUCCCGAUCCGAAAGCGUAAAUAAUCCCAAAGAUCGGGAUCUCAAAACUCCGCCAAACAGAUCUGAAAACCCAGAAAUUUCUACGAAAGAUUCAAAUUCUUUUCAUUUUUUGAAUCCCAUCGUAAUUUACGGCGUUAAAUUUCCACAUCUCUGGAAAAAAAAAAUAUAAAAAGAGGAAAAAUUAAACCCUAAAAGUCAAUUUUGUGUAAGCGAAAGAGAUUAUGUAAUUAGUCUUUGGAAAUUGUUUUGGUGGUGUUAAAAUUUGGAUAAUUUUUUAGCGAUUUAUGGUCGCUGGUGGAUUUGGGUGGAACAAUUUCAAAGAAAUCGGGGAAAUUCUAGGGGGUGGUGUGAUGGGGAAAGAUGAAGAAAGUGCGAAAGUGGUUGAAGAUGUAGAAGAAGGUGAAAUUUCGGAUUCGACUUCGGUGGAGGAGAUCAGUGAGGAAGAUUUUGUCAAGCAGGAGAAGCAGCAGGAAGUUAAGGUGGUGGUUCCGCCGCCGCCGCCGCCCAAGGAUCAGUCUAAAUCCAACGGCGGAGAUGAUGCUAGGGUUUGGACGAUGCGCGAUAUCUACAACUACCCGGGAUUUCGGGGGUACAGGUCCGGCUUGGUUAACCUCGCUUGGGCUCAGGCCGUACAGAAUAAGCCGCUCAAUCAGCUUCUGCAGGUGAAUGACCCCGACGAGAAAUUGAAGCGAUCGUCGUCGUCGCCGUCGGUGAUUUCGUCCGAAAGGAGCAACGCGAAGGAAGUGGAUGGAGUGGUGAUUGUUGAUAGUGGUGAUGAAAUGGAUGCUGAGAAGGAGGAAGGGGAGUUGGAGGAAGGCGAGAUUGAUCUGGAUUCGGAGCCUGCCGAUGGCGAAAACACGGCGACAGCUGAGGAGGCUAGAGAUGGUGUUUUGGUUUGUGAUGAUAUGGAUGUUGAUAAUUCCGAGACUGGUUUGAAGAUGCGAGUGAGCUCGAUUCGGGAGGCUUUGGAAAGUGUUACUGUAAAUGAAGCAGAGAAAUCAUUUGGGGAUGUUUGCCUCCAGUUACUCAACACUUUGGAGAUCUUGCGUGGAGUGCUUUCGGAAACUAAUGUUUCCACAAAGGAAGCUCUUGUUCAACUGUCCUUCACUGCAGUACAAGCUAUCAGCUCCGUGUUCUGCUCAAUGAGACCUGACCAAAAGGAACAAAACAAAGAUAUUAUAUCAAGGGUACUCUCUUCUGUGAAGAAUGAUCCUCCUCUUCUUGCCUCUGAGCAGAUAAAAGAGAUAGGGGUCAUGAUAUCCUCUCUGGAUUCCCCUGAUGUUUUCCUCCAAACUAGAGCAGGCAUUACAGAUAAUGAGAUACAGGUUAUUGGUGGGGUUAAUAAUACGAAUUCUGAAGCUGUAAAUGCCGGUUCGUCAGCUAAUUUUGCUUCAGACACUGUUGUGUCUGGGGUUUAUAGCAAUCCAUUUAUGUUUUCCAAAGUACCAAAACCAGGAGUGUCUAUUUUGAAGGGUAGGAGGGUCGUGCUUCCCCUGUUGGACACUCACAAGGAUCAUGAUGCAGAUAGCCUUCCUUCUCCAACACGAGAGUCCCCAUCAUGUUUUCCUGUUCAGAACACAUUGGUUGUUACUGAUAGGAUGGUAAAACCACGGCCUGAUACCUCUAGGGUGACACCAAAUGCUGGAGGUUCUGGAUUGCAUCCUUAUGAUACUGAUGCUAUUAAAGCUGUAUCCACUUAUCAACAAAUUAAUCGGACUUCUUUUUUCAUGAGUGAAAGACUUCCAAGUCCAACCCCAUCAGAAGACGGUGAUAAUGGGGAUGAUGAUACUGUUGGAGAGGUUUCUAGUUCUUCUGCUAGUAAUUUAAGAUCUUCAGUUCCUCCUAUUUUGGGACAGCAAGUUGUUUCUCCCUCCCCUAUUCCUGUGGUUAGCUCCAGCAUGCAAGAGCGAUUUACAGGUAAAAGUGCUGCCCCUGGAAGUUCUGGAUCUAAUAUUACCAUAAAAGCUCCAACUAGGAAUAGAGAUCCUAGGCUUCGGUUUUCCAAUUCUGAUAUGGGUGCCUUGAAUCCCAACCCACAGCCCUUGACAGUGCAUAAUGCACCUAAAGUAGAUUCAGUUAUAACGUUAAGCUCCAGAAAGCAAAAACCCCUUGAGGAUUCUAAAUUUGAUGGUCCUGCAUUAAAGAGGCAAAGGAACACAUUGGAUAACUCAGGUUUUGUUAAAGAUCCAAAAACUGCUUCUGGAAGUGGUGGCUGGUUGGAGGACAUUGGUGGUGUUGGACCUCAUUUAAUUAGCAAGAAUCAGACAGUGGAGAACACAGUGUCUGAUCCCAGACAGGUGGUUAAUGAUGUAAGUAGUUGUAGUACUGCAGAUGGAAACUCCAAUGGCGCAAACAGUUCAAAUGAGCAUUUGUCGGUGACGGAUUUAAGCACGGCUUCCCUGCCUGCAUUAGUUAAAGACAUUGCUGUGAAUUCUGCAAUAUUUAAAGAUAUUGCUGUGAAUCCAACCAUGCUGUUAAACAUACUUAAGCUGGGACAGCAGCAAAGGUUAGCUGCAGAAGCCCAGCAGAAGUCUGCUGAUCCUGAAAAAAGCAUGACAAAUCCUAUAAGCUCAAGUUCAAUACUAAGAUCAAAUGCAUCAGUGGAUAUUCCUUCAAAGACCACAGCCAUGUUGCAGACACUAGCAGGAACACUUCCCGUGAGUUCACAAAAAGCUCCAACGGAUGAGUCAGGGAAAGUCCGCAUGAAACCCCGUGACCCUCGCCGUGUUCUCCAUGGUAAUGCACUUCAAAAGAGUGGGAGUCUGGGACAAGAGCAGUUCAGAAAUAUUGUAACCCCACUGUCAAGCAGCCAGGGGAAUAAGGAUAAUCUUAAUGGCCAAAAGCACGAUGGUCAGGUGGAUAUGAAGCUAGUCACUUCUCAAUCAGUAGAGGCCCCUGACAUUGCUCGCCAAUUCACAAAGAAUCUGAAAAAUAUUGCUGAUAUCAUUUCUGUUUCUAAUGGAUCAACGAGUCCAACAUUAGCUUCUCAGAGUGUUUCUUCCCAACCAGUUCCAAUCAAGACUGAGAGAAUAGAUCCAAAGACUGAGGAGCAGGGUACUGGAAGUAUUUCUGCUUCUGAAGCAGCUGCAGCAGGUCCCCCUCAUUCUGCCCCCAUGUGGGGAGAUGUUGAACAUCUGUUUGAAGGAUAUGAUGACCAGCAAAAAGCUGCUAUCCAGAGAGAGAGAGCAAGGAGGAUAGAAGAACAGAAGAAAAUGUUUGCAGCACGCAAGCUUUGCCUUGUCUUGGAUCUAGAUCACACACUUCUUAAUUCAGCUAAGUUUAUUGAAGUAGACCCAGUGCAUGACGAGAUUUUGAGAAAGAAAGAGGAACAGGAUCGUGAAAAACCACAGCGACAUCUCUUUCGAUUCCAUCACAUGGGAAUGUGGACCAAAUUACGGCCUGGGGUUUGGAAUUUUUUGGAGAGGGCUAGUCAACUUUUUGAGUUGCAUCUUUACACAAUGGGGAACAAGCUAUAUGCAACGGAAAUGGCAAAGGUGUUAGAUCCAACAGGGGUACUUUUUGCUGGACGAGUUAUUUCUAGAGGCGACGAUGGAGAUCCCGAUGAUGGUGAUGCUCCGAAGAGUAAGGAUUUGGAAGGAGUUUUGGGUAUGGAAUCAGCUGUUGUGAUUAUAGAUGAUUCUGUGAGGGUCUGGCCGCAUAACAAAAUGAACUUGAUAGUUGUGGAACGGUAUACGUACUUUCCUUGUAGCAGACGACAAUUUGGGCUUUUAGGUCCUUCUCUGCUGGAGAUUGACCAUGACGAGAGACAAGAAGAUGGGACUUUGGCAUCCUCAUUGUCGGUUAUUGAGAAGAUGCAUCAGAUCUUUUUCUCCCAUCCCUCCCUAGAUGAAGCAGAUGUUAGAAAUAUUCUAGCCUCUGAGCAGCGGAAGAUUUUGAACGGUUGUCGUAUACUAUUUAGCAGGGUAUUUCCAGUUGGUGAGGUCAAUCCUCACCUACAUCCGCUGUGGCAGACAGCUGAACAGUUUGGUGCUGUGUGUACCAACUAUAUAGAUGACCAGGUCACCCAUGUAGUUGCCAAUUCCCUCGGGACUGACAAGGUGAAUUGGGCUAUUUCUUCGGGGAAAUUUGUUGUCCAUCCUGGCUGGGUGGAAGCAUCAGCUUUGCUUUACCGGAGGGCAAAUGAGCAGGAUUUUGCCAUUAAACCAUAAACAAUCAGCACCCUAACCCUUCCGAUAACUAAAACUGAUUAACGUAGGAUCAAGAGUCGCAUUGGAGUCGGGAUGGAAACCUUAGAUGAUGCUGGAACCAGCUAAGCCCUAGGCCUGACACUGGUUGGCGUCGUUUUGAUUCAUGUUUUCCACCCAAUAAUUGGCAGUUGCACUUAAAUUGCCCAAGGUUUUGCUUUCAUGGUCGGUAUCAUUGUGAGAAGAGGAAUGAGGUGGUAAACUCUGGUCGAGCUUUGGUGGCUCUGUUUGGGCUCGAUGGUUCUGGUUGGGCACAUUUUGUUCCCGAUCAAAUAAAAGAUUGGUUGCCAGACAUGGUCGCUUCGGGACGAGGAUUGUAAAUGCAAGUUUUCUAGAGCCAAAACGCAAAAUAAGAGAUUGAAACCUAGUGAUGGAGCAAAUUGGCUGCACUAGGAGGUAAAUUUCGGUGAAGGAUGAUGAGCGUAUGAAGGGAAAGGUGGCGGUGGGGGUUGUCGGGGAUACAAAACUGUAUAUAUGGGGUACGAAAGACCAAGUCUGGCAAGGGAGAAAUUGGUCAUCCAAAGCUUGAGGCAAGCAUUUGGAUAUUGGUACGGUGGGAAAAAUGGCUGGGCUGGUUGUGAUGGUGCCUGAUUAUACUUAAUCCUUGUCCCUAAUCAGCUAACUCAUGAUUUAGCUAUUGCAUUCACCUCCUAAUUAAAAUUGGUUUUCCAAGAAAGAAAACAUCGACAACAAGCGAAUUAACGGAUUUUCAUGCACACGAAGUAUGUUAUACAAGAUUUUUCUGCCUGAAUCACCUUUUAUAUUGUUUUAACUUUUACCAUAUAGUUCGAUACCAAA